UUUCAUUUUACGCCAAACCCAUCUCAGCCAGAUUAAAAAUCUCUCAGCUCUCGUGCAGUUCAUCCUUGUGGUCUGCAGCCUUCGUGCCGGAGAAGGAGCUUUGGUAAACCACAGCGAUAAACAAUCUCUCCGCCCCCGUACAGUUCACUUUGCAUGAUAUCCAGUGCUUACAUGCCUUCAAAGGAGCUCUGGUAAACCACCUGUGUCUCAGGAAAUUAGAAUCAUGGAAUCGUCUAGACAGACAACAGCUUGUAGUUUGGCAGUCACUCAUUUCAUCCCCAACGUGCCGAGUCAUAAAAAACCAUAUAUUGGGAUGACAUUCGAAGACUUGGACGAGGCCUAUAAAUUUUACAAUAGUUAUGCUUAUUUGGCUGGGUUCAGUGUGCGCAAAGAUAACUUGAAGAAAUGCAAAGACGGGACAGAUAAGAGUAGGGUUUACCUUUGUUAUAAAGAGGGUGCUGAAAAAAAUCCAAUGCAAGAGGUUGACACGGAACGAUGUAGAUAUAAUAUUCGUACUGGGUGUAAAGCCAUGCUUGGUGUUUCUAAAACCAGAAAUCAGGAAGUGUUUAGUGUUUAUCGAUUUGAUGAAGUGCAUAAUCAUUGUUGUGAAACCCCAAGCAAGAUUCACUUGCUCAAAUCUCAUCGUACCGUGUCAGAUGUCAAAAAGAAGCUUUUGUCAAGCCUACAAUCAAACAAUAUCUCAAUCUCUCAAGCUAUGGGUGUAUUCAUGGCUGAAUCUAGCGGUGUGGGUGAUGUUGGAUUUCUAGAAACAGAUUUGAGAAAUUAUGUUAGAGAUGAAAGUGUGAAAGUUAAGGGUCAAGACGCCCAAUUAUUUGUCGAACACUUCAUAUUAGAAAAAGAGCACAACCCAUCUUUUUUUUACAAGGUUAGAAAAGAUAGUGAAAACAAGCUUGAAUUAGCAUUUUGGGCCGAUCCUACAUGUCGGCGCUCCUAUCACUACUUUGGUGAUACAAUUGUUGUUGAUGCAACAUACAACACAAAUACGUAUGGCUUUCCCUUCACUCCAUUUGUUGGAGUAAAUAAUCAUUUUCAAACGGUGUUGUUUGGGUGUGCAUUCAUGAACAAAGAAAAUUGUGAAUCUUAUGUUUGGAUCUUAAAAUCCUUUUUGGAAGCAAUGCCUGGCCCUCCACCAAAUGUUAUUAUCACUGACCAAGAUCCAGCUUUAGCCAAAGCCAUUAAUUUUGUGCUGCCAAACAUCUACCACCGCUAUUGUAUGUGGCACAUUAUUCGUAAGAUCCCUGAGAAGGUGGGUGGUGUAAUAAAUUCUUUGGAUGGUUUCAAUAGAAUUUAUGGUAUUAUAAAAUAUUCCGAGACACCAUAUGAAUUUGAAGCGGAAUGGAAAAAGCUUGUUAAUGAGGUUGGGUUGGAAGAAAAUGAAUGGAUUUCUUACAUGUUUCAAGUUCGGGACCAUUGGGUUCCAGCUUAUUUCAAGAAUGUAUUCGCAGCUUGUAUGUCAUCCACUCAAAGGAGUGAAACAACACACUCUUUCUUGAAGAAAUAUGUGUACAAGGGGUGCGGUUUCAAUGAGUUUGUUACUCGUUUUGAUAGAGCACUGUCAAGACAGAGGGAGCGUGAGAACCAAAUGGAUCACAAGGAUAGAAAUGGGCGUCCUAAGCUUCAAUAUGGGACUCAAGUGGAGUUACAAAUGGCAAAUACAUAUACAUCAACCAUGUUCCGGGAGUUUCAAAUAGGACUGCAUAACUGUUUCACAUACAAUUUGGAUGAGAAUGUGGAAGAGGGAGAUAAUAUUGUUUUCAAGUUAACUUACAGAGGUGUCUCCAACGACAUUGAAAUAAAGAGAAGUCGUGUAGUGCAUUUCAACCGUUUGACACAAAUUGGUAGUUGUUCGUGCAAGCAGUUUGAGUUUAUGGGUAUACCAUGUGCACAUUUAUUAAGGGUCCUAGAUGGUAUGAAAAUAUACGACAUCCCUAGUUUUUACAUUAUGGACCGUUGGAAGAAAGGUCCAAGAAGAGAAAUUGUAAGGGAUCAGUCAGGCAAUGAGAUAAGAGAAGACCGCAAAAGAGAGUUCACUGGGGAAAUAGCAAAGCAUAUGAUGCAUUUCUUGGUGGUUACUAUGAUCUCAUAUCUGAGUCACCAGAAGACCAAGAAUAUGGGUUAUCAUUACUGGAAGAGUGGCGCAAAAAGUUCAACGAUCAUCUAUCCCAAAAGUCAAGUGAUAAAACGAGGCCAAGUAAAGGAAGUGAAGCAUCAUGUACGGUAGAAUUUGUGGAGCCCGAUCAUGCGCGACAUAAAGGUUGUGGGAAACGAUUAAAGUCAGGCAUAGAAAAGGGGACUUCACUGAACCGUUUGUGUCGUGUUUGCAAAGGUCAUGGGCAUGAUAAGCGUAAUUGUCCAAAACAAGCAAAAUGGGAGGCAGCAAAGGACACAAUGGAGGAACAAGUGUAAUUGAUUAUUAUGAGCAAAUGUUGUGCGGUGUGGAGAUUUGUUUAUGUAUGUUUAGCUUAAGUGUUUACCACUGUUACAUUUCUGGUGUUUUGCUUGAAAUGGAAAUAGUUGUACUUGAGUUUUUUCAUAUUUCAGGAUUUCACGACUUGAGAUAAUGGAUGACUUGUUUAU